UCUAGCCCUGUUCAGAGGGGUGCAACAGGAACUUACAAGUUUGUGGUGAUUGACUUGGUUUUCUAUCCUAGUCAUGGAUGUGGCUGAAAAAUGUUAAUUGUGAUUUAAAACUGGAAAUCGUGGAAUCCCUGUGAAUACAAAGCCCUAUAUUUAUUUCAGCUUCCUGUGGGGAUUCCUGCCCAUGCAGUUACCAGCAGUCUGGGACUUGGAGUCUCAGCAGCUUUGGCAGAGGAGCUGGGGACUGCCCUGUGUCCUGAGGGAUGAUCCUGUCAGCAGAGGGAUGCUGUUCCCAUUUUAAAAGCCAUUGGAAGACACUCUGCCACCCUCUUGGAUUACUUCCCAUACGACUCAUCAUGUCACUGUGCCCUGGAUUUUACAAGGUGGCCAUGAUUUAAUCCCCACUUCCCACUCCUAUGUAUUGGUGAAGCACUGGAGCUCUUUUGAGCUGCUGUUACUCCCGUGGGAACUGAUCUGUCUUGAAUCCCUUCUCCCAAGGACUAGACAUUGCCAGCAAUGAGCUCCCAAAGCCAUCCAGAUGGGCUUUCUGGCAGAGACCAGCCAGUGGAGCUGUUGAAUCCACCUCGAGUGAACCACAUGCCCAGCUCUGUUGACGUGAGCACAGCCCUGCCCUUGCAAGUGGCGCCGAGCUCGGUGCCCAUGGACCUGCGGCUGGACCACCAGUUCUCCAUGCCGGUGACGGAGCCCACGCUGCGCGAGCAGCAGCUGCAGCAGGAGCUGCUGGCCCUCAAGCAGAAGCAGCAGAUCCAGAGGCAGAUCCUGAUCGCGGAGUUCCAGCGGCAGCACGAGCAGCUCUCCCGGCAGCACGAGGCGCAGCUGCACGAGCACAUCAAGCAGCAGCAGGAGAUGCUGGCCAUGAAGCAUCAGCAGGAGCUGUUGGAGCACCAGAGGAAGCUGGAGCAGCACCGACAGGAGCAGGAGCUGGAGAAGCAGCACCGAGAGCAGAAACUGCAGCAGCUGAAAAACAAAGAGAAAGGAAAAGAGAGUGCAGUGGCAAGCACAGAAGUGAAGAUGAAAUUACAGGAAUUUGUGUUGAACAAGAAGAAGGCUCUGGCCCACCGGAAUCUCAACCACUGCAUAUCCAGCGACCCUCGCUUCUGGUACGGGAAGACCCAGCACAGCUCUCUGGACCAGAGCUCCCCACCCCAAAGUGGCGUCUCCGGCACCUACAACCACCCAGUCCUGGGGAUGUACGAUUCCAAAGACGACUUCCCGCUCAGAAAAACAGCCUCUGAACCCAACCUGAAGCUGCGCUCCAGACUAAAGCAGAAGGUGGCUGAGAGGAGGAGCAGCCCGCUCCUGCGCAGGAAGGACGGGCCCGUGGUGACGGCGCUCAAGAAGCGCCCGCUGGACGUCACAGGCACGGCGGACUCUGCAUGCAACAGUGCUCCUGGAUCUGGUCCCAGCUCUCCGAACAACAGUUCCAACAACAUCAGCACCGAGAACGGAAUUGCAGGAUCAGUCACGAGUAUCCAGGCAGAGACCAGCCUGGCUCACAGGCUCGUCAACCGCGAGGGCUCUGUGACCCAGCUGCCGCUCUACACCUCGCCCUCCCUGCCCAACAUCACGCUAGGACUGCCUGCCACCGGCCCUUCCAGCGCGGGACAAGCGCAGCAGGACGCGGAGAGGCUGGCAAUCCCAACCUUACAGCAGAGAAUCUCCUUAUUCCCUGGCACUCACCUCACUCCCUACCUGAGCACUACAACGUUGGAGAGGGAUGGGGGAACUGCACACAACCCUCUCCUGCAGCACAUGGUCCUACUGGAACAGCCAACUGCACAAACGCCCCUGGUCACAGGACUGCCCCUGCACGCACAGCCCCUGGUGGGUGGAGAGAGGGUCUCCCCUUCGAUCCACAAGCUGCGGCAGCACCGCCCGCUCGGGCGCACCCAGUCUGCUCCCCUGCCCCAGAACGCCCAGGCCCUCCAGCAGCUGGUGAUCCAGCAGCAGCACCAGCAGUUCCUGGAGAAACACAAACAGCAAUUCCAGCAGCAGCAGCUGCACAUCAACAAGAUCAUCUCCAAGCCCGCGGAGCCGGCGCGGCAGCACGAGAGCCACCCCGAGGAGACGGAGGAGGAGCUGCGGGAGCACCAGGCGCUGCUGGAGGAGCCCUACGGCGAGCGGGGCCAGAAGGAGCCCCCGGGGCUGGCCAGCGUGGUGCAGGUCAAGCAGGAGCCCAUCGAGAGCGACGAGGAGGAGGCAGAGCCGCAGCAGGAGCUGGAGGCCGGGCAGAGGCAGGCGGAGCAGGAGCUGCUCUUCCGCCAGCAAGCCCUGCUGCUGGAGCAGCAGCGGAUUCACCAGCUGAGGAACUACCAGGCGUCGCUGGAGGCAGCUGGCAUGCCCGUGUCCUUCGGGGGACACCGGCCCCUGUCCCGGGCACAGUCCUCCCCCGCCUCGGCCACCUUCCCCAUGUCCGUGCAGGAGCCACCCACUAAGCCAAGGUUCACAACAGGCCUUGUGUACGACACAUUGAUGCUGAAGCACCAGUGCACCUGUGGAAACACCAACAGCCACCCCGAGCAUGCGGGCAGGAUCCAGAGCAUCUGGUCCAGACUCCAGGAGACAGGGCUACGGGGCAAGUGUGAGUGCAUCCGUGGCAGAAAGGCGACGCUGGAGGAGCUGCAGACGGUUCACUCGGAAGCCCACACCCUGCUUUAUGGCACUAACCCUCUGAACAGGCAGAAACUGGACAGCAAGAAGCUUCUAGGUUCCCUAACGUCGAUGUUUGUCAGGCUGCCUUGCGGUGGUGUUGGGGUUGACAGUGACACCAUUUGGAACGAGGUGCACUCCUCCGGCGCCGCUCGCCUGGCUGUGGGCUGUGUCAUUGAGCUGGUGUUCAAAGUGGCCACAGGAGAACUGAAGAAUGGAUUUGCUGUUGUCCGGCCCCCGGGUCACCACGCGGAGGAGAGCACGCCCAUGGGUUUCUGCUAUUUUAACUCCGUGGCAAUUGCAGCCAAGCUGCUCCAGCAAAGGCUCAACGUGAGCAAAAUCCUCAUCGUGGACUGGGAUGUCCACCAUGGGAAUGGUACUCAGCAGGCCUUCUACAACGAUCCCAACGUCCUUUAUAUCUCACUACAUCGCUACGAUGAUGGCAACUUCUUCCCAGGCAGCGGCGCUCCAGAUGAGGUUGGCACAGGAGCAGGAGUUGGUUUCAAUGUUAACAUGGCAUUUACUGGUGGCCUGGAUCCGCCCAUGGGAGACACAGAAUAUUUAACUGCCUUCAGGACAGUAGUGAUGCCCAUUGCCAACGAGUUUGCCCCAGAUGUUGUGCUGGUGUCAUCUGGUUUCGAUGCUGUGGAAGGGCACCCCACACCCCUUGGAGGAUAUAAUCUGUCAGCAAAAUGCUUCGGGUACCUGACGAAGCAGCUGAUGGGGCUGGCCGGGGGCCGCGUCGUGCUGGCCCUCGAGGGUGGCCACGACCUCACCGCCAUCUGCGACGCCUCGGAGGCUUGUGUGUCUGCCCUGCUGGGAAACGAGCUUGACCCUCUUCCAGAGAAGGUUUUCCAGCAGAGAGCAAAUGCUAACGCGGUGCAUUCCAUGGAGAAAGUCAUCGAGAUCCACAGCAAGUACUGGCAUUCCCUGCAGCGUUUCGCCUCCACGGUGGGAUAUUCCCUGGUGGAGGCCCAGAAGUGUGAGAACGAGGAGGCGGAGACAGUGACGGCCAUGGCAUCGCUGUCAGUGGGCGUGAAGCCGGCGGAGAAGAGGUCAGUGGUUUCCCUUCACAUUUCCAGGUCUGCCCAGGCAGGAGGAGCAGCCUUGCAGGUUAAUCCUCUCCUUUCAGUCACUGCUACUGCAUCCCCCACAUCCCCUGUCCUCUGUGGUGGGUUCCCAAAACCCUCCUGGGCUGCAGGAGAGCAGCAGAGCCAUAAGCUCUGUGCGUGCACCCUGUGCCUGAGCCUUCUGCUCUGAGCAUGGCUUUGGACCACAAAAAGGAAUUUAUUUUGCUGAGGAAAAUGGUAAUGCUGCCCAAGUGAGAUUGUCCAAAAACCCGUCUUGGUGGCGAGUUUAAUUCCAGGUGAUCCCAGCUGGCUGAGUGGGAAGGUGGUGGGAACAUAGGAAGUGAGGCUUGGCACCACGAAUUGCCCAACUAUGUCAUGCCCAACGCUUUUCUCUCUCCCCUCCUUCUCCCGCCCUGCCUGGCUGCGCAAUCCCUCAGACCUGAGGACGAGCCCAUGGAAGAGGAGCCUCCCCUGUAGCACCCACCUUCGAGCUGGAGUUCUCCUGUCUGUUCGUCUUCGUCUUGAAGCUCUGCCAAGAAGCUUUCUCUUGUUACUCCUGCGUCCUGUCACGGUUAUUUCCCGAACACAGAAGGACAGCCAGGUGUAAAGCAAAGCAAGCGACACAAAAAAAACAAAUCUCUCCGCAUCUUUGAGUCUCUUUUUGCUGAAAAAAACACACUGGUGAAGAGCAGCAAAGGACCGACACGUUGGGCACUCUUCCUCUGGUCCUCACCAGGAGCGGAAAGAGGAACGACGCCCGGGAAGUCUUUGGCAGAGUUGCCAAAAACAAAAAGAAAACAAAAAACAAAACACGAGAAUAACAAAGAAAUCAAAGAUUCAACAACACAAAUCAAACAAACCUUAACGUAAAACUGGUGCUUACAAAGUUGAUUACCCACAACUGAGCAAUCUCCGCUUGAACCACUCAACCCAUCGUGUACUUUCUUUUCUUGGAUAUUUGGAAAUGGCUCUUGCCUGCCUGUGAGUCAACGACAGCUCUUGUCGGAACGGGGACAAGAUUGGGAGAUGAUGGUGAAUUUUUAAUGGGGAGGGACAGGGAACGAGGGACUCAUCUGACACCUAAAGGAAAGGGAAGCAGAAGGGGGGGGGAACGGUAGCCCAGAUGGAGUCGGCUUUAUUGUCUCCAAAGCCAUCUGAAGAUGAGUUUGUGCCUUUUUUUUUAAUUGAUGGAUUUGGUGCAGCUGGAUUUUCUGAAGU